AUGGAGUGGUUGCAGUGGCAGGUGCCUGUUUGUGCGCUCAUAUUCAUCCUCCCCACGGCAAUCGCAAUCCGCCUCCUCCGGAAGAGGACCGGCGGUGGCGGUGGUAGGGCCGCAGUGGAACCAUCCGAUUUGUGGGCCACAUGCUGGAGGAGCCUCCAUCCCCGGUGGCUGCUGUUGUACCGUGCUUUUGCCUUCCUUUCCAUGGCCUUCUUGCUUUACCAGACUGUUGCUGCCUUCGGAUUCUUCGCUUUCUUCUUCUACACCCAGUGGACUUUUGCAUUGGUCAUGGUCUAUUUUGCACUUGCGACCAUUGUGUCGGUGCCGAAGAUUCAUGAGAUUGAACACACUCGCACUGGGGAGAAAGAUGGAUUUCUCAAAAAGAAUUUGGAAGAGAUGAACUAUGGAACAACUUCGGCUACCAAACCUACUGAGGACCUUGGAUUUAUGGAAAAUCUUUUGCAAAUUGUUUAUCAGACCUGUGCAGGGGCUGUUAUGCUUACAGAUAUUGUCUUUUGGUGUGUUCUGCUCCCAUUCAUGACGGGUGAAAAUUUUCAGCUCACCCUAUUGAUUGGAUGCAUGCACUCCAUAAAUGCAGUUUUUCUCAUCCUCGAGUCGGCCCUCAAUAGCUUGCCAUUCGACUGGUUUGGCCUUGUCUAUUUCAUACUGUGGAGUUGCGCUUACAUUGUUGUCCAGUGGCUUCUUCAUGCAUGCUGUGUUACAUGGUGGCCGUAUCCCUUUCUUGAUCUUUCAACUCCAUGGGCUCCUGUAUGGUAUUUGGCUCUGGCGUUGGUUCACAUACCGUGCUAUGGGCUUUAUGUGUUGCUAACAUAUGCAAAACAUGCAGCUUUUUCACGAUUGUUUCCUCAAACUUUUGUGAGGGUCUCUGCAGGAAAUAAACAAGAUUAA